AUGCAUGGAAGUCAAAUUGGAACUUUAGCAUUAAUUGUUAAUGGUCAAACACUAUGGGAAAGGAGUGGCCGACAAGGAGUACCAGCAUGGUAUCAAGCUAACGCUACUUUACCGACUAAUGUUCAUGUUAAUAUCGCAUUUGUCGCCAAUCGAACAGGUACUGGCCGAUCAUCUGAUAUUGCCAUUGAUGAUAUCAUUUUGGAAGGAGAACCAAUACCUCUUAGUACACGUACAACCAGAUCACGUCCAACAACAACACCUCGAACUCGAUUCAAUGCAAGUUGUGAUUUUGAUGUUGAUAAAGAAUUAUGUGGCUGGAAAAGUGAUUCAAUAUAUGGUUGGAAAGUUAUUCAUCAAAGAGAACCGAAUAUCACCAUUGGUCCAAAUACUGAUUAUAGUAGUAUUAUGAGGCCAAAUGAUGAUGGUAAACUGUGUAAAAUUCCAUAUGAUGAGAAGGGUACUCAAUACUAUUGUAUAUUGAGUAGCAAGCGUAUGCGAUGUAAAGGAAAUGAUAACAAAUUGAUGGAUUGUCGAGAUGGAGGUUUUCUUCAGAUUCGAAGUGGUGAAUUUGAUCAAGUAGGUGAACGUUCACAAUUCGAAUCUCCAAUCCUUGAUGCAUUAUCCGAAGAAGGAUGUGUUCAAUUUCAAUAUAAUAUAGCAGGUAGUGAUAAUGAUUGGUUAAAUGUUUAUGUUGAAGAUUAUUGGACCGGUAAUCAGUCAUGUAUGUGGCAUAAAAAUGGAUCCACUGUACCGAACCGAUGGAUGACAGCUGAAGCACCAUUAAAAUUAGAGAAAGAUGGAAAAUAUCUAAUUGCGUUUGAAGCAAGAAAAGGAGAAGCUGGUGGAAUGGGUUUAGUCUCGAUUGAUCACAUUGUUAUCUCUCCUACAGCAUGUUCUGGUACAUAUCCAGUCGAAGAAUGUCCUUUUGAGGAGGUGAUAAUAGCAACGACUAUGAUGGCCACUACAGAAGGUCUCGAAGUAACAACUACAGCAGCAACGAUAACACCGAUUAAUACUACCGUAACAUCAUCUCCUACGUUAGCAACAGUUACAAAAACUCCGGAGUCAACAAUCGAAAUGGUGACAACUGAUGAUGGAGAACAAAACCGAACAACAACCGUUGACAGUGGGUCAAAAAAUACACUGAUUUUAGCGAUUGUUUUUGGUGUAUUGGGUGGUGUAAUUGUAGUUUCUGCUGUUGCUGCCUUAUUCAUUUGGCAUUCUACAAUACUAAAUCGUCUUGGUAUCAAACAAUCUAACCGUGUAAGAACAGCUCCAACUUAUCAAGCAGCAUCAGGUGGCACUGUUCAAAUCAAUGGAACGACGAAUGAUAAUACAAAUCUAUUAUAA